UUGUCGUAUCACAGCGAUUACGUGCUGAGUACGACAACUUAGUGCAAGGUCUGCGAGAUCGUAACCAGGAGAGAGUGCAGGAUGUGGUCAUGGCCAAUCCAGUGCUACCAGACGCCAUGCUGGAAGAGGCUAUACCUGGCAACAUUCGCAAGGCAGAACACUUCAUAGGCUUUGUGAAACGGGUGGAUGAUGUUAUGUGA